CAUCCCCCGGGGGCGGCGCGGCGGGCCCGGCCCGGGCAGGACAUGGCGCUGAGCGCCCCGGGCCCGCAGCCCCCGAGCUCCCGGGGCGGAGAGGAGAAGGAGGCCGAGGCCCCGGGGCUGCCGCUGCACUCGGCGUGGACCUUCUGGCUCGACAAGUCCCUUCCUGGUACCACAGCAGCUGAAUGUGCCUCGAACCUGAAGAAGAUUUACAGGGUACAAACCGUGCAGGAUUUCUGGAGCGUCUACAACAACAUCCCUCCUGUGACAAGUUUGCCCCUGCGAAGCAGUUACCAUCUGAUGCGGGGAGAAAGACGGCCCCUGUGGGAAGAGGAAAGCAAUGCCAAGGGAGGUAUAUGGAAAAUGAAGGUCCCCAAAGAAAGUACGGCAGCAGUUUGGAAAGAGCUCCUGUUAGCCACUGUUGGAGAGCAGUUCACAGACUGCUGUGCUGCAGAUGAUGAAGUAAUAGGGGUGAGCGUCAGCAUUCGUGACCGUGAAGAUGUUGUACAAGUCUGGAAUGGGAAUGCCUCCUUAGCGAGCGAGGCAAAAGUUUUAGAAAAGAUAUAUAAACUUCUGCCACACACCUCUUUCAGAGCAGUGUUUUACAAACCGCACAGAGAGCACCGUGCCUUUGAAGGCCGACGUGGAAGACAUUAAGUGCAGCCUGAUGUUUGUCACUCGCAGUGUGCUGAGGUGUCUGAGUGAGGAGGAGGACGGCAGGAGGCCCUGCAGAAACACUGCACGAGCUGGUCCUCUUCAAUUUAACGCUUCACAUUGGGCUGUUGCUGCUAAAAAUGAGGAAACACAGUUGCCCUGACUGCUGAAUGUGCCAUUCAUUACUUUUUGCUUGGUUGUGGUUUAAAUUCUUCGGUUUUUUCUUUAAGAAGUUACUUUGGCCACUAUUUUUUUUUCAAUCAGAUCAUAUCGAUUCCUACUAAGAUAGAACACUUUUGAUUUUUCUGAACUGUUCUUAGUUAAAUGCAAACAUGCACAAACCUUGAAUGCUGCUUUCUUGAGAUGGAGAAAUACUGCCUUGGUGAAAUGUGUUUUCAAUUUUCUUUUUGAGACAUUCCUAUCAUGCUAAGAUUUACUCCCUGUCUUUGUCCCAGGAGAUAAAGGAGUUGCACGGCGUUAUCCUAAUGGACUGUGUAAUCUCCCUGUGCACUGACAACAGCACACAUCCUGUAAAAGUAAAUAGCAAAGUAUUCACUGAAUGGGUAACUAAAGAGAUGCAUUUGUAUGGGUCUAAUCCUGGGUGAGAUGAUGUUCAAUGUUUAAAGUGUGGUGACUUCCAAAGAACCCUGGUUCAGGCUCGAAUUUAGAGAUUUUGCAGCGAGAAACCCUGCGAGCCCUCCACCUCCUAUUUAUUGAAUAUUUCAGCCUGCACCUACAGAGGCUCAGAUCAGAAGUGGUGUUCAAUUCAGUGCAAAGGAAGAAGUUCUGUCACUCAUACUUUCAAGCUAUCAUGGCUCCUUAGGUCAUCUAUGUUUUUUUAAUUUACAGAAAACAAAUGGAUUUUGUUUUACAGCAUGAAUGUGAAUAUUAACUGCAUUGAUCUGUAAAUGUUUGCCUGUAUUAGUUGAGGCAUCGGUUUGCUUUGCUAUUCUACCAAAGAUUAAUUUAUCUCCUUUUGCAAGAAGAAGCUGUGAGAUAGAGAAGGAUGUGCACUCUGCUCAGUGUUACUUUAUGGGUAACAGUUCUUGUUUGGCAACUGGUCAAAUUGCACUGAUUUCCACGUUUGGUGUAUUAAGAAGCAGCCAUUAGAAUCAAAUGUAGCAAUAAGAAUUGCACAUAGGAGAGGUUGUUGUCGUUUUUGUUGUUGUUUUUUUUUACAACUUUGUAUAUAUGAAUUAAAACUGUGCAGUUAGUGAACAUUAUUAAUGAAACAAAUUUUUGGAAAUCAAAUGUCUUGCUUCUGUGGUUGCUUUCUGGGAUGAAGCGUUCCUGGCCUGCAGUUUCGGUGACAUCUGGCAUGUCCUGGGUUCAUUAUUACCUGACUCAUCUCACUGAAGGAAAGGCUUUUUCUAGCUGCCUUGCAUACCCUUUCUUUAAGAAAGACCUCUCUGCUCGAGCAUUGGAUGGCUUGAGAUUUUAUCUUAGCCGUGAUAUAGGAGAGCUGUCCAUUCACCACUAAGGGCCACACUGCAAACUUGUCGGGUUUUCCUUAUUCUGUAUCCCCAUCGUAAUACAUAAAAUUAUGUUAGGGUUUUGUUGUUGUUUAUUUGUUUUGUGGACUUUUUUCCCUGUAUGGCUUAAACCUCUGCUAAUAACUGUUAUUUUUCCUUAA